AUGUAUCGCACGCCAAGACCCUACGAACUCGCGCCUUUAAAGGACUUUCUCUUGUCCGCUGAGCGCUCGCAAGCAGAGACUGAAGAGUACAUCCUGGCCAAUCUCGAGAAUCCAGUCUCGCCGCGUUUCCUUGCGUCCAUCUUUCAUGAAAAGGCAGUCGACGCCUACAAGGCGGCGGGAGCCACUGUGCCGCGGCGUCCAGGCUUCGGGUUGACUCUCGACUGGAAGACGGAUGAUGACAGCGACGUCUUUCCCAGGCUGUCCUUUGACGAUGAGGGAAAUGCGUCUUGGAGGGCGCAUACCCUCUUGAUUCGCGAAGUCUGCAUGCUCCGCGUCAUGGAGGAGCUCACCAACAAGCCAGAAUGGUGGCGCAAGGUCAAGGACGACGAAAUCGCGGCAAAGUGGAAGACUGAGAUUUUGCAAAUGGAUUGGAAGACCUUGGUAGAUCUCUGGGCCGUCUUUACCGAACCCAUGGCCGAUGCUGUCAUUGCCGAGCUGCGUGCCAAGGCAGACCUCUACCAAGAAACCGGCCUGAUUCCCGUCAUGGACUACUCGGCCUGCGCCAUCAAGUCCGACAGCCUCAUGUCCGACGCCCUGGUCCAGCGCCUCAAGGCCGCCGUCGCGCCGCUUGAGGAUGUGCCCGACGCCGCCAAGGACUGGCAUCCCGGCAGCAACAACAAGGUCCUCGACCUCGUGCACCCCUCGCUCUUCCCCGUCAUCUACGGCCGCACGCGCGUCCUCCCCAACCGCACCAUUGGCGUCGCCGACUGCCUCGCGCACGCCGGCACCGGCAUCCCGCUCCCGACGCUCGGCCAGAAGAAGAAGCAGCGGAACCCAGACGACCGGCGUCACCGCAGGUCCACGGACGACCAAGACGACAUUGAGCUAUCCACAAACUACCAGUGGCUGCCCUGCGACGUCGAGCUCAAGGACGGCAAGGCCACCAUUGCGAGCUACGUCAACAACGUGCACCCCGUGGAGCACGCCGCCCUGUACCCCGUCAUUGAAGAGUUUAUCAACCUCGCGCUGCCGGCGUGGGACCUCGUCUACCGCUGGCCCGAGGAGUUUGAGUUUAAGCGCAUGCAUUGGGAUGAGAUUUACAAGUGGGAGUGCGCGGUGCCCGAGUUCUGCAAGGGCGAGUGCGACCCCAAAAACUGUCCACUCGAGGAGGGCGGCGUCCCGCGGCCUGGCAGGGGCGACGACAACGACGACAACGACGACGACGACGAUGACAAGGGUAGUGAGGGCGGCGACGAGGAAGCCGAUAAGGAUGAUGAGGGCGGCAAUGAAGAAGAUGACAAGGAGAGCAAUGGAGGUGACGAGGAAGACAACAAGGAGAGCGACGCCGUCAACGAUGUGGUCGCCGACAACGAUGUGGACGCCGACAACGAUGUGGACGCCGUCAACGAUGUGAACGACAAUGAUGAGGAUGACAAUGAUGAGGACGACAAUGAUGACGAUGAGGAUGACGGUGACGACGACGAUGAUGAUGACGAUGAUGAAGAAGCAUACGAGAAUAUACAGGCCGGUGACGCGCGCGAGCAGUGGUUCGUCCGCCACCACACCAUGAUCCUGCCCGACCCCGACAGCUCCGCCUACUGCGGCCGCUUCGCCGCCUCCAAACUAAUGCGCUCCUCCCCCAGCAACCUCUUCGCCGAGGCGCUGCAGGCGCAGCCGCAUCCCGCCGCGCCCGGCUCGCCCCGGCUGCAAGUCAUUGUCAAGCUCGCCAGCAUCCACCUGACGCCGGCGAAACCGCAGUACGACGGCGGCUCCUGGCACGUCGAGGGCCAGCUCAACGAGCGCAUCGUCGCAACGGCGCUCUUCUACUACGACGCGCACAACGUCACUCCCAGCGCGCUCUCGUUUCGCACCGCCGCCAACGGCGAGCAGCUCGACGAGGAAGGCUUCUACGAGCAAAACGACUCUCGGGGCAUCGAGCGCGCCCUCGCCAUCCGCGCCCGUGGCAGCGUCUUGCAAGACAUUGGCCACGUCGUCACCUCGCCCGGCCGCGCCCUCUUUUUCCCCAAUCUCUACCAGCACCGCGUCGGAUCCUUUCGCCUCGCGGACCCCACCAGACCGGGACACCGCAAGAUUCUCGCGCUGUUUCUGGUUGAUCCCAAGGUGCCGGUGCUGUCGACGGCGAAUGUGCCGCCGCAGCAGCGCGCGUGGUGGGAGCGCGAGGUUGGCGCGGACCCGGCCGACUUGGUCGGGAGGAAGCUGCCGAAUGAGCUGCGCGAAAUGGUUCUUGGCGGCGUGGAUUUUCCCAUUUCGCUGCAAGAGGCCAAGGGGGUCCGGGAGGAGCUCAUGGCGGAGCGCAAGAUUCUGGUGGAGGAUACUCAGAGCAGGUGGGAUCAGACGGAGUUCAACUUUUGCGAGCACUAG